UGGGUCGUCACCUCACUUAUCUUGGCGCCUACCUCUCGCUCCAUCUCCAUGGACGCAUGGUCAAACCCCACAGCUGUGCGGGGCCGCCUAUAUAUACCGCCGGAGACGCACCGCCGACCCAUUGCCGUCGAUCUCCUCCCGGUUAAUUCCUUCGCUUGUGGACUCCUGUCUCGCUCGCUCUCUUCCCUUCGCCUUCCUCCUCCUCCUGUUCACACCCACCGAGGUGGUGGAGUGGAGUGGAGAGAGAGUGGAGCUACCAAGAACGACGGCCACCACCUCUUCUUCUUCUUCGUCUUCUUCUUCUUCUUGCUCGCGUUUGUGAGGUGGAGGGGGAGGGGGGGAUCGAGCGAUGGGGAGGCCGCCGUGCUGCGUGAAGGCGGAGGUGAAGAAGGGGCCGUGGACGCCGGAGGAGGACCUCAUGCUCGUCGCCUACAUCCAGGAGCACGGCCCCGGCAACUGGCGCGCCGUGCCCACCAACACCGGGCUGAUGCGGUGCAGCAAGAGCUGCCGGCUCCGGUGGACCAACUACCUCCGGCCGGGGAUCAAGCGGGGCAACUUCAGCGAGCAGGAGGAGAAGCUCAUCGUCCACCUCCAGGCCCUCCUCGGCAACAGGUGGGCGGCGAUCGCGUCCUACUUGCCGGAGAGGACGGACAACGACAUCAAGAACUACUGGAACACGCAUCUCAAGAAGAAGCUCAAGAAGAUGAGCGCCGGCGGCGGGGAAGGAGGCGACGGAGAGGGCGGCGGCGCCGGCGGCGGUGAGGUGAAGACCAGGGCGGUGGCGCCCAAGGGGCAGUGGGAGCGGCGCCUCCAGACGGACAUCCACACCGCGCGCCAGGCGCUCCGCGACGCGCUCUCGCUGGACCCCUCGCCGCCGCCGGCCAAGCCCGCGCUGGAGUCCGUCUCGUCGGCGGCGGGCGCGGCGCCGUCGUCGCAGGCGGCGUACGCGUCUAGCGCAGAGAACAUCGCGCGGCUGCUGGAGGGUUGGAUGCGGCCAGGCGGGGACGCCGGCUGCGGCGCGGCCAGGAAGACGACGACGGCGACGACGCCCUCCGGGUCGAGGUCGUCGGCGUCGGUGCUGUCCGGGGAGGCCGCGUCCGCCAGCCACAGCGGCGGCACGGCGCCGACGCCCGACGGCUCGACGGUCACAAGCAAGACGAAGGACGAGACCGCGUGCGGCGCCGUCGCCGCGCCGCCGCCGGCGUUCUCGAUGCUGGAGAGCUGGCUGCUCGACGACGGCAUGGGCCACGGCGAGGCGGGGCUCAUGGACGUGGUGGUGCCAUUGGGGGACCCGAGUGAGUUCUUUUAGUGCAAGUGAGAAAAAAAAAUGGGGACAAAAAAAAAAGAUGACAAUAAAUGUGACUAGCCUUGAAGAACAAAUUAAGCCAAUCAAUCACUGCAAAUCCUUGGUGAUUUAGAUCAUCAAAAGCACAAAA